AAUAGUUUAUACCAGGCUUUCUGUUAGACGAGAAAUAGAGAGCAAUGGAAACGCAUAAUAACCCUGCUUUCGUUAACGACGAAAAAAUCCCACCAAACCUGUACGAUGAGGCAUUACCAACUCAGAAGGAAUCCAAUGGAAUCAACAAUUUCGAUAAACGAAAUGGAUCACCUAAAGUUGCACCUCUCGAGGGUCAAACAUCGGUUGAUGAAGAAUUAAGGAAGAAAAUGGAUCAAGAACCACUAAGAUUCUGUAAAUUUAUAACAGAUCGACCAAAAUUGGCUUUUGGAAUCACUCUUGGAGCCCAUAUAUUUUUCGCAGUUCUCACGCUCAUCUUAAUUGCUGGAGGAGUCAAUAUCUUUCCCAUCGUCUUUGACAGAUUACCGCUCGACAUUACUAAUGAUGAACACUUUUUAAGAUCGAUGGCCUGGUUUGAAAGGGACAAACCGGAUUACAUGAUCUCAAGAGGAGAAGAUAAGAACACCAAACAAAAGGUACAAACUAUUUUUUAUAGUUUCAUGGAAUUAAACUUUGUUGGGGCGUCUGGCGAUAACAACGUUUUUACGGAAAAGAACCUCAAACUAAUUAAAAAGAUUCAAGACAAAUAUAUUAAUACUGAUGACUAUAAAAAUUCUUUUUGCUUAAAACGUUCGGAUGAUAAGUGUUCAUAUCCCACAUCAGUUUUGGCAUUAUUCGAAGAUGGCGACUAUAGCGACAUUGCAGGCAGAAUAUACGCAGCCAGUAAAGAUGAUAAAACAGCAGCACAGACUCAAUAUUUCCUUAGCAAAGAUGCAGAAAUAACUCCAACUAGAGCAUUUUCAUCAAGAACUAGAAUCAGAAUUAAUAUAGGUGGACCAUUAAAAGGCUUUGAUAGAGUUCCUGAGGAUAAUGAUGAUGAUACUGAUAUGAACACAAAAUAUGAAAAUUUGUUGAAAGAGUUCGCAAAUAUAGGAGAUGAUUACUUCAAAAAUGGUGUUGGGGAUAUGGAAUUUUAUCAUUUUUGUCCUAUUCUUCUAGGAGUGAAAAUCAGAUCUACAGUAUUUAGAGAUUUAAGCUUGGCACUGGGUUCCAUGCUUUUUAUUGUAGUGUUUAUGCUGAUUCAAACUCAAUCUGUUUGGAUUACUUUAUGGGCAGUUUUUUCAAUUUUAAAUAGUUUCUUAAUCACAAAUCUGCUAUAUAAUGGAGUAAUACGUUUUACCUAUUUGGGCAUAUUUCACGUUUUAGCGAUAUUUAUUAUUCUGGGAAUAGGAGCUGAUAACGUGUUUGUCUUUUAUGACACUUGGAGAGAAUCUGCACAUCAUAAAUACAUUUCUAUGGCACAUCGAUUAUCUCAUUGCUAUCGAAAGGCAACAAUGGCUAUGUUUUAUACGUCUCUAACAACAGCUUUAGCUUUUAUUGUAUCAGCAACCUCACCAUUUAUGGCCGUUUAUACUUUUGGUGUUUUUUCUGGUAUUCUAAUAGUUGUCAAUUAUCUUUCGGUUAUUAUAUUCUUUCCAUGCGUGGUUGUAACAUACACACUUUUCUGGAGUAAAUUUAAGUGCUGUUGUUGCUGCAAUAGGGAGCUGACUGGUGGUACUAUUGAAGCACCUGAAGGACGAGAUGAUAAUAUUAAACGGAAUUUUAUUGUUAGAUUCUUUGCUGGUCCAUAUUAUAAGUUCAUUACCCAUAAAAUUGCUAAAUGGUUUAUUCUUGUAUUUUAUGCGGGACUUUUAGCUGCUUUCAUUUACUUUGCAAGUACUUUGGAAGUAAAUCAAGAAGAGACUAAAUUUUUAAAAGACAGCAGCAAUUAUGGACGAUAUCUAUAUGAUUUGAGCAGAGAAUAUAAGGGAAACCGUGAUAGGGUUACUGCCGUAUACCUCGCUUUUGGUCUAAAAGAGCAAGAUAGGUCGGAUUGUUAUCAUACAGAUUAUAAAUGUAACGGAGUGCAGAACUGGGAUAACAAAUUUAAUCUAAAUAAAAAAUCUGUACAAGAUGGGCUUACUAAAUUUUGUCAAGAAUUAAAAGCGUUAACGCCUGAUGAAAUAAGCGAUUUGCAUAUUCGGACAGAUAUUAAUCACAAAGAUAAACCAGAGGUCUUGUGUUUUAUAGAUAAUAUGAAAAGCUUUUACAAGAGUACACCUUUGAAGUUGUCGAAAUCAUAUGACGUAUUUGAUGUUAAUUCUGCUAAUGAUAUUUUCAAUACCGACACAACCGACCUAUAUGACAAAAGAAACAAUUUAAAGGGAGAAGCAGUCAACAAACACUUCGAAUUGGCUAUGAAUUGGUGGCUAUUUAAUGGAAAUACUCCCCCUCCUGGAACUCCUUUUGCAAAGCGCUCUGACGACUUUAUACUUUUCAACGACCUGUUGGGAGAAGAGAAAUUGGAUGGUAGUGUUACUUACCAAAAGAAUGAUGAGACAAGAAUCUAUGGAACUCAUCUAAAGUAUGCGGCUAUUGUUAUAAAUACAACACUUGAAAUAAAUCGAAUUGGAUUUGAAAAAGGUUUGCCAGUUAGAGAUAAAUGGGAAGAUUUUAUCAAUAAAAAAAGAGAAAGUCUACCAGAAGAAUUAAAGGGCGUAUGGCAAACAGCAAUAACUGGUCAAAAUUCUAUAUGGCAUUGGCUACAAGUACAAAAUAAAUUGGUAGGUUCAGCUGUUACUGGUAUUGCAAUUGGUAUUGGCUUGUCCUGUCCUAUUCUUAUUGUUGCUACGCAUAAUGUAAUAGUUGGUCUUUUGGCUACGUUUACUAUUGGUUGUGUUACAGUAUGUGUAAUUGGAGUAUUGCCAAUUGCUGGUUGGAAGCUUGGAUUAUUGGAAUCUUUGAAUUUAGUACUAGUCGUAGGGUUGGCUGUCGAUUAUAUUGUGCAUUUGGCCGAAGGUUAUUCGAGAUCAGUUCACAGAUUACGGAAAGACAGAGUUAGAGAUAUGUUAACUGAAGUUGGUGUCUCAGUUCUUUCCGGAGCCACUACAACACUUGGAGCCUCAUUCUUUUUACUAUUAGCUGAAAUUUUAUUUUUUGUUGAAUUUGGCGCCUUUAUGUUUGCCACUAUAGGUUUUUCAAUUCUGUGGGCUUUAGGAUUUUUCUCUACAGUACUGGGCAUAUUAGGUCCACAGAACGAUGUGGGAUCUUUAAAACCAAUAUAUAGAUGGCUUAGUUCAAAAUGCCCAUGUGGUAGAAGUAAAAGUGAAAAUUUGUAA